UAAAUUGUCACACCUAUAUGUGCCGCGACGCGAAAUUACUUUUAUUAGUAAAUUUUGACAACAAAGCCGCCGUAAACGGCGCUAACAAUCAUACGGGGUGUGUGCUCUAUAUUUUCUUUUCCCACCAAAAAACUACUGUAAUCUUGUAUCCUAAUUGUUGCAUAUGGUGAGGAAUGAAUGUGAAUAAACGAACACAAGUUUGAUUUUAUAAUAGGGAACAAAUUUAUAUAAAUUUGUAUCAAAAUCAGGAUGGCAACCUUGGAGCAACAAGCUUCCAAACUUCUGGAUUUUAAUCAAAAACUGGACAUCAAUUUACUGGACAACAUAGUCGGGUGUCUGUAUUCAACAGUAGGAGAGCAACAGCGCGUCGCGCAAGACAUUCUGACAGCGCUCAAGGAACACCCGGAUGCCUGGACUCGUGUUGAUACCAUUCUUGAGUAUUCACAAAAUCAAGAAACGAAAUAUUACGCUUUACAAAUUUUGGAACAAGUGAUACAAACAAGAUGGAAAAUUUUACCAAGAAACCAAUGUGAAGGGAUAAAGAAAUACAUUGUUGGACUAAUCAUAAAAAACUCCUCGGAUCCUGCGACCAUGGAAAAUAAUAAAGUUUACUUGAAGAAACUCAACAUGAUCUUAAUCCAGGUAUUAAAAAGAGAAUGGCCACAUAACUGGGAAAGUUUCAUUAGUGACAUUGUGGGUGCUUCUAAAACGAAUGAGAGUCUCUGUCAAAACAACAUGGUAAUUUUGAAACUACUCAGUGAAGAAGUGUUUGUGUUCAGUACUGGACAGCUAACACAGACUAAGGCUAAACAUCUGAAAGAUACAAUGUGUUCUGAAUUCAGCCAAAUUUUCCAACUUUGUCAGUUUGUCCUUGAAAAUUCUCAAAAUGCCCCAUUGGUAGAUGCCACCCUUCACACUCUUUUAAGAUUUCUGAACUGGAUACCUCUUGGAUACAUUUUUGAAAUGAAGUUGAUAAGCACAUUGAUUUUUAAAUUCUUAAAUGUUCCCAUGUUUCGUAAUGUUACUUUGAGUUGUUUAACUGAGAUUGCUGGAGUGACUGUGAGUAACUAUGAAGAACAAUUUGUGGCUCUGCUCGUCCAAACAAUGGAGCAACUAGAGGCUAUGCUUCCUCUCACCACGAACAUUCGGGAAGCUUAUGCCGUUGGCCGUGAUCAAGAACAAGUGUUCAUCCAAAACCUUGCAUUAUUUCUGUGCACUUACCUGAAAGAGCAUGGUGAGUUGAUUGAAAGAAGAGGCCUCACCAACACUUUAAUGAAUGCUCUGAGAUACCUAGUGUUGAUAUCUGAAGUGGAAGAUGUUGAGAUAUUCAAGAUCUGUCUUGAGUUUUGGAAUGCAUUAGCUGCAGAUUUGUAUAAAAUUGCACCUUGUUCACACUCGGGCAACUUAUACAGUCUAGGCAAAGUUGCAGGAAGGAAAGCAUUGUAUGCAGAUGUACUGAGCAGUGUACGUUAUAUCAUGAUCUCCAGAAUGGCUAAGCCAGAGGAAGUGUUGGUGGUCGAAAAUGAGAAUGGUGAAGUCGUAAGAGAAUUCAUGAAAGAUACUGAUUCAAUCAAUUUGUAUAAGAAUAUGAGAGAAACACUGGUCUACCUGACACAUGUGGACUAUCAAGAUACUGAGCGUAUCAUGACAGAAAAACUUCAGAAUCAAGUAAACGGCACAGAGUGGUCUUGGAAGAAUUUGAACACUCUGUGUUGGGCCAUUGGUUCCAUUUCUGGAGCAAUGAUGGAAGAAGAUGAAAAACGUUUUUUGGUUGUUGUCAUCAAAGAAUUGUUAGGACUGUGUGAACAGAAAAAGGGUAAAGAUAACAAAGCUAUUAUAGCCAGUAACAUCAUGUAUGUUGUGGGUCAGUAUCCAAGAUUUCUCAGAGCGCAUUGGAAGUUUUUGAAAACUGUUGUCAAUAAACUUUUUGAAUUUAUGCAUGAAACACAUGAUGGUGUCCAAGAUAUGGCUUGUGACACAUUUAUUAAAAUAGCUCUUAAAUGUCGACGUCAUUUUGUUACAACGCAAGUAGGAGAAGCAUGCCCCUUCAUUGAAGAAAUUCUGAGCACAAUAAGUUCUAUUAUUUGUGAUUUACAAACACAACAAGUGCACACUUUCUAUGAAGCUGUAGGAUACAUGAUCAGUGCACAAGUUGAUCAAGUUGCACAAGAGCAACUCAUUGAAAAGUAUAUGCAUUUGCCUAACCAGGUGUGGGAUGACAUCAUUUCCCAAGCAUCGCACAAUGUGGACAUUCUUAAAGAUCCUGAAGCUGUGAAACAGCUUGUAAGCAUUCUUAAAACCAACGUGCGUGCUUGCCGUGCCCUAGGUCAUCCUUAUGUUGUUCAAUUAGGGCGAAUAUACCUAGACAUGCUAAAUGUCUACAAAGUUAUGUCUGAAAACAUCAGUCAAGCAAUUGCACUGAAUGGUGUGGUUGUCACAAAACAACCCCUAAUAAAGAACAUGAGGAUAAUUAAGAAGGAAACUCUGAAAUUGAUUGCCAGUUGGGUUUCUCGCUCUACCGAUAACAGCAUGGUGCUGGAGAACUUUAUUCCUCCACUAUUAGAUGCUGUUCUCUUGGAUUACCAAAGGACAGCAGUGCCAGAUGCGCGAGAGCCAGAAGUACUAUCUUGUAUGGCUGCAAUUGUGUACAAGCUAGGUGGGCAUAUAACAUCUGAAGUGCCAAAAAUAUUCGACGCAGUAUUUGAGUGCACUUUGGAAAUGAUCAAUAAGGACUUUGAAGAGUAUCCAGAACACAGGACAGAGUUUUUCCUGUUGUUGCAGGCAGUGAACACACACUGUUUUAAGGCAUUCCUAAGUAUACCACCAGCCCAAUUCAAGUUGGUGCUGGAUUCCAUAAUUUGGGCAUUUAAGCAUACUAUGAGAAAUGUGGCUGAUACUGGUCUACAGAUAUUGUACCGACUGCUGCAAAAUGUAGAACAGCACCCACAGGCUGCUCAAAGCUUCUACCAAACUUACUUGUGUGAUAUUCUGGAACACGUAUUUAGCGUAGUAACUGACACGUCACACGGCGCCGGCUUGACGAUGCAUGCUACCAUACUAGCAUAUAUAUUCUCUUUGGUGGAAGCUGGCAGAGUAACUGUGCCUCUUGGACCUACACCUGACAAUGUUCUCUACAUACAGGAAUAUGUGGCGAAUCUUCUUAAAACAGCAUUCCCUCAUUUAACAGACAAUCAAAUCAAAAUAACUGUUCAAGGAUUAUUCAAUUUGGACCAAGAUAUUCCAGCAUUCAAAGAUCAUCUAAGAGAUUUCUUAGUUCAAAUAAGAGAGUACACUGGCGAGGAUGACAGUGACCUGUAUCUAGAGGAACGGUUGUUUGCGCUACGUCAGGCACAGGAGGAGAAGCGGCGAGUGCAGCUUUCAGUGCCGGGUAUCCUCAAUCCCCACGAAUUGCCUGAAGAGAUGCAGGACUAACUGCACUGUCUACUACUUGGUAACAGUCCACUGCCACUAGGGAAAGCUGAUUGAUUACCUCGUGCUACAGGUCUAUUAAUAUGUUAACAGUCCUCGUGGAGUACAGUCUCGCGAUUCUCUUCGCCUGGACGUUUUGAUCCCACUAUGAGGUUAGAAACUCUGGCUAACAUUAGCUUGCCGUACUUUUAGAGGCACAAUUUGAAAUGUGCAUACACUGAACUGUACAGGUGGUAAAGUGUCACACGUAAAUUAAUAUGCUACCUCGUAAUAUUUUUUAUUGGAAAUUAAAAUAGAAAAAUCAUAUGAAAUAAAAUGAAGUACUUAAAUAACUUUCACUUGUUUUGAUAAUUUUGUUCUGUCUUAUUGUAAUGGUCUAAGCAAUAAGACCAUUUAGCAGUAAUUCAAUGUGAGACAAAGAGGGCAGUUUGGUUAAUAAUUUGGGGAAUUAUGCACAUACACUAACAGUAACAUUGGGAAGUGUAAAUUAGGAUGAUAAUAAUAGCUUUCCGUAUCUUUUAGAUUGUAAAAAUUGUGAAUUUGUUUUACUUAUCACAAUGCACCACAUUUAUUUAUAAUUAACAAAUAGCUUUUUUAGUUCCGCAAUGUAGCUAUUUAUCUACAUAACAUACAGAGUAAUAAAUUAAUGCAUUAGAAUGUAUCCAGUGGACUGUUACUAUGAUGUAAAACUGCCGUCUGUGCGUAUGAAAUAUGCCUUGUUGUGUCAGUUUGUACAGAGGACCGCAUGAAACAAUGCAAGGUGAUGAAUGCAAGUGUUUAAGGUUUUACGGCGCAAACCUUUUAGAUAAGGUGUAUUUUAGAAGCAUUAGGCAGCAUUCGGCCUUUAUUAAUAAUAGGCAGCAAAUCAUGCAUCAAUUUACAUUGCUAGAGAGGAAAUAGAAUAUUUCUAUGUUUUUAAGUAAUCUUUCAAUAUGUAGGUAAUGAAAUCUCUGUGAUGAAAACCAGUGUCAGAUGUUCAACAUGUGUGCUACACGGAAUCUGAGUAUUACUGAGUAGAUUCUAGGUAACUUUAUAAAGUGAAUUGCUGUUAGUAACAUUUUUAUGUUUUGUUUAAUGUUGUCAGAACUAAUUUCAUGAUGGUUUGGGAAUCUAGACAUAGUAGGUUUCCAAAUGCAUUUUGGGUCCGAUUAAUGUCAGUCUUUCAAUUUGUGUUUAAAAUAAACCAAUAAAUAUGAAAAUGUGUUUUUUCUUGUUAAUAUCACUGUAAACAAUUUAACAUUUCAUCCUUAGAAUGUAAGAUAGAGAAUAUUGUACAGUUUGUGAAUAGCAACAUGUGGCCCUCUGUACUUAUAUCGAAAAAAUAAGUCUAAAUUUACCGUUACUUAAGUUACCUAUUUAUAGUAAUGUCAAGAAACAACACGUAACUUGCAAUAAUGUAAUUAUAAAGAAACCAUCCUAUAUGUUCAAUGUUGUGUGAAAAUAUAGCUUAUCUAAUGACUUCGAUACGCAUUAAUUUCAAUGACAUAAUA